CACAUCUUUCUGCUAUCAACCAAACACUUUCAACAGUCUAUGAUCCUGGCUAUUCAAUACUUUCAAGAGAAACACUCCAACGCAACUCCACAGCCACCAUGAACCCAACCGCCACCUGACCCAACAAAAUGGAGCGAUCAUCGGCCCCAUCGGAACGAAGUCGCCAGGCCUGUGAACCAUGCCGUCUUGAUGCUUUACCGUCAUUCCUGGAAAAGGCACCGGAGUUUCUUACCUUGAGCUUUCUCGCGCUUACACUGUCCUUCUCUGGUCAUGAGUUCUUUCAUGCUGGGGAAUCAGACGCUAGAGAGUCUUAUAUUCGCUCUGCGGAAGACACGGUUUGGAAAAUGGCCGCGGAAGGUGUGCCAAAGAUUGAGGUCGUCCAGUCGCUGUGUCUGUUGGCUCUGACACAUCUCAGAGAUCGCAAUGAACCCAAAGCAUGGGUGGCUAUCGGGAUGGCAUCCCGACUCGACUCGUUUCGGAAUAUGAUCCAAACCCCCUCAUACUCCAGCAACGACCCCACGAACUCAGGAAGAUGCUACUGGAGCAUACGCAUCAUCGAGACCAUCCUCUCCCCCUCGCUCCAGCUCACCACCACCUGGAACCGAGUAACCUCCUACCUGCACGCCCUGCGCACCUCAUCCACAACCCCCGAACCCCCCUGGUCGCCCACCUCCACCUACACAACCCUCACCACCACCCUGCACAAAUUCGACUCCGACGUCCCCGACACCCAUCUCCUCCGCAACGUCUCCUUCACCAAACGCUCCGCCGCCGACCUCCGCCUCCACCACGAGUACUGGCACCCGUGGAUCAGCAUGCAGUUCCUCUCUCACGGCUGCGCCGCGAUCAUCAACCACCCGUUCAUCCACCUGGUUGUUCUUCGAAGCGCUCGUGGCGUCGCCCAGUCCAGACUGUUUCUGCAGCAGGCCGUUGACCAGGCGCUGUUCCACUCCGCUUGGGUAUUUCGACUCGUUUGUGCGUGCGAGGAGCUGGAGUUUCCGGUUUGCGAUCCGUUGGUCGGGCAUGUGGUUGCGGCGACAGCGACGGUGGCGUGGAUAUUCCAGUUCGCGAGGGAUGAGAGCAUUUCGGCGAAGGCGAAGGAGCAGUUGGCGGUUUUUGAGGGCUGUUUAGGGAGGAUGGCGCGGGUGUGGCCCCAUCUGGAACAUAAGCGCCACCUCCUCCGAUCCCUCCAAUCUGUCUCUGUCACUACCAACGCAGCCAAGGAAACCAGGGCCCAAGGAUCGACAAUCGCCUUUCAGCCAUCGCUACUCUGGGAGCUCCUUGACCCUAAACUCUGUAGCACAGCAGCAAUGUCGGCCGACCUCACCGCCCAAGAAGAAGAGGGAGGAGUAUUUCCUCGACCCACCGGCGCCAGGAUGCAUGUCACAACACAGUUCGUCCAUCCGCUCACGGAAGAGCAGGCGGAUGAGCACGACCAACCGUCCUUUCCUGGUACUCCUGAUGGCGGUGGAUCUGCUGCGCUGGUAUCCGGCGCGGAGGGGCUAGAACAGUUAUCGCUGGAUGAGCUGUUCGCGCAGUUUGCGCCGGAUGAUUUCAUCUGGGGGGAGUAGUAUUGAC